AUAUACAACAAAAGAAGGUUCAUUUCUUCGCAACGUCUCUAUAAACAACUCGACCUGCAUUGCAGGGAGGGCAAAUUAAUAACUACGUGCACCAUCGUUCGUUGACAAACAGAGCGAAACCAUAUUUUUCGUGGAACAUUCUCCUCCAUAGAAUGACGGAAGAGGUAGUCAUGAACUCAACCAACACCAACGUCAACAUUGACAACAAUAAUAAAUCUCCGGUUGAUAACAGUAUUGUCAAACAGAAGAAAAAGCAGGGUGCUUUUGGCUUCCUCAGAGCUGCAUCACUCAAGCUUCGUCGUCGUUCCCUUGAUCUAAAGCAACAGAAAUUUACCCCGGAACCCGCUCCCCCUGCUGAUUCAAAGGGAGAAAAUUGGAAAAAACUGGUAGGGUCCAUGAGGCCUUUACAUCUCCAAGACAACCAAUCACCACCGAGUCCUCGUGACCCGCAACCACCACCACCUGUGAAAUCUACAUCACUGCCUGUAGAAUUCAGUGAACAUUUUUCGUCGUUGUACUCUCCAACCCCCUCAACGUCCUCCAUUGGCACCAUGAGUCAAUAUGCUUCAGCAAAUAAUCUACAAGAUCUCUACAACGACGACGAUGAGGAGGAGGAGGAGGAAGAUCCUGAUCAGGUAUUUGAUGCCAUUGGAGGAGAUGACAUGAUUGAUGCAAAGGCAGAGAGUUUCAUUGCUCAAUUUUACGAACAAAUGAGGCUUCAAAAGUGAUUCAGGCAAUUAAUCAAACACAUAGAAGGCAUGAACGGACAUAAUCGUAACGAUUAAAUUAAUUUCCUUCAUUUUGUAGUAGUAAUACUUAAUUUAAUUUAAGUACGUUUUUUUUAGCAAAAGGCAUAAUAUUUCAGAAUUAACGUAGAAAUAUCACUGCCUUUUGCUUUAAUGUCUCUUAGAUAUCUACUGUUAAUUAAUUCCAAAAGGAGCAGAAUUUAUUUUUUCUACAUCAAGAAACUAGU